AUGUUACCUAAUCUCAACAGGGACACAUUGCUGAAACCCGAGGCACCAAUUGGUGGUGCUAAUGUUCCUCAUCUGUUGACCAAUGAUGAAUCAUUGGCUAAAAAGGUGUACAUGUGUGGGAGCUACCACCGCUUUAUAGCUGACGAUCCUAGAGCCAUUUGCCCACAGUGCAAAUAUACUCUCUCUACCGAGGUGCCUUAUGUUGCAGCACAGGCUAUCACGGAAGGAUAG